AUGCUUAAAGGGCAACUUCACCCAUUUCACAUAAGCUUUGUAUUUUUAGAAACCCACACAUAUUUUUGAAUGGUCUAGCAUCAUUUCCUUAUUUUCUGGAGAGACUGGAGAAAUCUGUAUCAAUCUGCAACACUUCCUGUUUUCAAUGACGCAAUAUGACGAUUUUUGCGUACAAGAAAAUAGGAAGUGUAAGAGGGGAUGAUUCUCGUAAGACUACAACCACUAGUCCCAACCCCCUCUAGGGGGUGGGACCCACUGACGCUACAGACCUAUUAGAGCAGGGGCAGUGGGUGGGACUUCACCAGCAGAAACUAACAUCCACAGCAUCUGAAGCUAAGUGAAGUAAAAUGGUGGAAGGUAAUGGAUCGGACCUAGAAGAUCGGGAUUUUGACGAUUUGAUGCUGGAAUCAGAUGUUCGUGGCUACCUUUACGAGCCACAAUAUAGUGAUGAGCAGCUGCCGCUCAUAGAGGAACAGGAGGCGGCUGCGGCUGCUACAGCUGAGGCCGAAGGCCUGAAAGUCGCGGACGAGGAGCCCGGAAUGGCUCGAGCUGGGGCGGAUUGGUGGUGCGUGUGCGCUCACUGUUCGCCUAUGGACACAGAGGUAGAGUCCGUCUGCUGCAAGGAAUUUCACAGAUGUAGAUUUCUUCUUGAUGAAAUCUCUGACUCAGAUGAGGACACGGACAUAUGUGUUGUGGACCAUCCUAGUUUCGCACCGCAUAUGGACAGCGGCGUCCUGGACACUUAUUUCAGAAUCCCAAAGGUAAACUGGAAACGUCAGCCAAAGCCUGCAGGGACGAACGGACGUCUGACUGUAAAACAAUAUCGCCUAACGGCCUACCGACACUUUUUGGAAUGGGUCCUGCAAGGCGAGAGAUUGGGUAGAGGCUGUCGGGUCGUUUUACCUUCUUGCGUCGUGCAGACCAUCCGACAAAAAUAUCCUGCUCCAGACGGCCAGUACUGUGGACACCAAGAAGCUGACGACGCUCAGGAGGAACUAUGAGUUUCAUUGUUUACAUUUUUUUUUUGGUUUAUUUCUUGAAGUAAAUGGUUGAAAUUCACAUUGUUGAAGUCCUUAUUA